GAAGCUUGUCACCAAAACCCGGAUGUUUCCUAUAUGUGUGGCAUAUUGAUGGGGUGUGACGUGAUUUCCCGUGCUAGACAUUUCAUAUGAGCGAAGCCACCACCGUUUCAAGCCACUGGCCCUGUGCAGGAGAUGACAAAGGAGGAUGUUUUAGAGCCUGUGGAGGAAGAUGCUUCCCUGGACUGCUUUACUCCAAUUUCUCCCCAUCAGCGGCCGGUCAUCCACCAGGUGGCCUCUGCACCAAUGCCUGACCACUGUGAAUUCUCCUUCUUCGACCCCAGCGAGCAGCAGUGCAGGGAGGUUCUGCAAGAGCCCAGCACCACCAUACCGGAACUCUUUGCUGUCCUUAGGCAAUGGGUUCCCCAGGUUCAGAAGAACAUUGAUCUGAUUGGCAAUGAGAUCCUUAACAGAGGUUGUGGCGUAAAUGAUCGAGAUGGUCUGACAGACAUGAGCCUUCUGCACUAUUGCUGCAAAGCCGGGGCCCCGGGCAUCGGUGAUGCAGAUAGAGCGGCUGGUUUUGCCCGCCACCUACUGGCGCUGGGAGCCGAUCCAAACCUCCGCUCCCGCUGGACAAACAUGAGGGCCUUGCAUUACGCUGCCUACUUUGAUGUGCCCCAGCUUAUUGGCGUGGUCGCGCAGGCCUCUCAGCCUGGAGACAUGGAUGCGACCUGUAGUGACUUUGACUUUGGCACCGCCUUGCACAUUGCCGCCUCCAAUUUGUGCACAUCAGCCGUCUCCUGUCUUUUGGAGCUGGGAGCCAAUCCUGCUUUCAAAGACGAUAAAGGCCAGUACCCAGCCGAUGUUGUUCCUGAUCCCCUCAACAUGCCCCCAGAGAUGGCAGAUGCCGCCGCCCUGGCCAAAGAGUUGCGGCGUUUACUGCGAGAGGCUUUGCCGCAGCCCACCUCGUUGCCUUUAGCGUCGCAAGUGCAGACCCCUCCCGCUCUUUCUGAAAAAGCCAGGCUAAAGCUCGCCUCUCUCGGAAUCGCACUCGGUGACCGUGUGGUGAUAGCUGGACGCAAGGUUGGAACCCUGCAAUUUUGCGGCAACACGGAGUUCUCCGGCGGUCUCUGGGCCGGAGUCGUGCUCGACAAACCCGAGGGCAAAAACGAUGGCUCUGUAGCAGGCGUUCAGUAUUUCACCUGUCAGCUCAAACAUGGAGUAUUUGCUCCUCUCUCCAAGAUAAGCAAAGCUUUGGAAAGAUUUACAAGUGGCAACAAGGUGUCGACACUGGCACGCCAUCGGCACAUAGACCUGUCCGCCGCCGCCGCCGCCGUUCCUCCCAAGAGUAACACACGUUUAGGUGGUCUCUCUCAAUCACUCUCUUCUUCGUCUUCCUCGCUGGAAUCUCGUCACGGACGCCGUCCUCGACCUCAUCCCUUUCACAGGCAACGUCUUGCUGCCAGGCAACAACGGGAACAUAUUUCUUCUAGUUCCUGGGCCGCAGCUGCUCCCGGCCUCCGCUCCGCUUCCGGAAUGGCUGCAGAUUCUACAGCAGGUUAUAGAAGCCGGACUCCUUCAGCUAGCAGCUCUGUGUGUGUGGGGGCGGAGAUGCGCCCAGGGGACAGGGUGCUGGUCGUUGGCCAGAGAACCGGCGUGGUCCACUUCUACGGGAAGACCAGCUUUGCUCCAGGCCACUGGUUGGGCAUCGCGCUGGACACACCCAGCGGGAAGAACGACGGCUCAGUGGCUGGAGUGAGAUACUUUAAUUGCCCACCGAGACACGGGAUCUUUGCUCCUCCGUCUCGCGUUCAACGGAUCCACGGAUCUGUGGAUUGCCUCUCCGAGCUCUCCUCGUCACAUCUAAACCAUCCGUCAAUCAGUGGGGUGAUUCGUCGCAGCUUCAGCACAUCAUCUGCUAUCGCGCUACCCAAGGAGACAAGCAGAAGAAACCCUGUUAGCAGCAAAAACCAAAGGAAUCGUUUGAUCCCCCAUCGUCGGCGCUGGAGCAGCAGCAGCGGCGGCGGCAGCGUUCCGAGAGGUAGCUCCGGGACCGUCUACAGUUCUGCCAACCAGGUCCGCCUCCACCAGGGCAUGCAGGUCCUGUUGAACAGUGCCAACGAGAUGGCCUGCAUCCGUUACGUGGGCACGGCUGACUUUUCUCCGGGCCUUUGGCUGGGCCUGGAACUCCGAGGCCCCAAGGGAAAGAACGACGGUUCCGUCGGCGGGCGCCGCUACUUCACCUGCCGCCCGGGCCACGGCGUGCUGGUCCGCCCGAGUCGCGUGACCUAUCGUGGCAUCAAUGGUUCUCGAUUGGUGGAUGAAAAGACUUGAGAAAUGAAAUACAAUCAAAAUUGGAAUCUGUAGUUUGAGCAAACAGUCCAAUGUUUCAAAAGCAUUUACGUCUCAUGUGCACUUGUACUUGCUGAAAGCAACGCUUUGAUAUUCAAAACCCAGCUAAUUGUUGGGAAGAUGCCAUUAAUGCACUUUAUUGAAUCAUUCUGGAAGGGAUUGAUUAAGACUAACAAUUGCACUACUUCUAAUCUGAUUGCAGAUGUGUUCUAAUGACGAGCAACAACCUCUGCGACAUGGCUGUCAUCCUUUGCAGAUAAUUGAUGGAACUGACUCCUAAAACUCAUUUUCACUUGAUGAGUUAUUGUAAAAAAGAGUCAGUCACCCGAUGUCAAUGUUGCUCUUAUCUUAUCAGUCACAUCAUGAUGCGAUGAUUGAACAGUGCAUCAUGUUAUUCAUGGAACAUUUUCGCACCUCUGAUUAGAAUACAGAUGACAAAAAAUGCAGCACAGUUCAAGGCGGCUCGAAACACUGUUUCCCAAUAAGAACGCCAGGGCUUGCACUUUAUCCAUUGCAAUAUAAUUCAUGUGUGCGAGGCUCAAUCAGUGGUCGAUUGCAUGAUGUGCAGCAUGGAAUUGCAAUCUCAGUCGUGUGUGCAGUGCGGCUUCCAAUAUAUGCAUCCAUUUUUUGGCUUUCUUUUUGUCUCCAAGCCAUUGUAGAAUUUUGAGAAGCAUGCGUUCCAUGCAGCAUGAGGCAGAGUUGACAUUUGAUUAAAGAGAACAAAUGCAAUCAUCCUAAAGUUCUGAAGUUGAACUGGGUAGCAGCCUAUUUAAUUACAGUUAUGAGUCAGAAUUUGCAAUCAUCCAUUGUGCAUGUGCAACAGAGCCACCAAGCUUUCUAUAAAACACUCGCGUAGCAUUUAAUUACGGUGUGUGUGUGUGUGUGUGUGUGUGUGGCGCGCAAGGAUCUUCAGUCAAUAGGUGGGCCCUGCAAUUGAAAGGAAGCGGAGGCCAGGUCAUUGUCAGCAGAUUGCAGAC